ACCAUGCCGACCAAGAAUAUGACCGACGAGCGGCUCUCCAAGUUCAAAAACAAGGGCAAGGACCCGGCAAAACUAAGAGAAAAAAGGAUUUCGGUGUGCGUGGAGCUGCGCAAAGCUCACAAGAAUGAACAUUUCUUGAAGAGGAGAAAUAUAACUUUGUCGUCUCUCCCGGAUGAGGAGGCCCUCUCUCCUGAUCAUAUCUCUGACGAAAAGGGUCCUUCUUUAACCAUUGAAGACAUCAUUAAAGCAGUGAACGGCGACUGCAAGGAGAGUCAAACCCGAGGUUGUCAAGCUGCCAGGAAGCUGCUUUCCCAAGAGCGUAACCCUCCUCUGAAGGACAUCAUAGAUGCUGGUCUGCUGACCCGCUUUGUGUCCUUCCUGGGUAUGGAUGAUGAGCCAGCUCUUCAGUUUGAAGCAGCUUGGGCUCUUACAAACAUUGCCUCUGGAACGUCUUGGCAUACGCAACAGGUGGUGGAACAUGGGGCUGUACCCAUUUUCAUUUCCCUGCUGGCCUCUCCAUUGUUGCACAUAAGUGAACAGGCUGUCUGGGCUCUUGGGAACAUUGCAGGUGAUGGCCCGUCUUAUCGAGACAUCUUGAUUGACUGCAAUGUGAUCCCAGCCUUACUGGCCCGCAUCUCCCCAGAAACACCAGUUGGAUAUUUGCGUAACCUAACAUGGACCUUGUCCAAUUUGUGCCGAAACAAGAACCCCUUUCCACCCUUGUCUGCUGUCCAGCAGAUGCUUCCUUCUCUAAUCCAGUUCCUCCAUCUCAGUGAUAAGGACAUCUUGUCAGAUGCAUGCUGGGCAAUCUCCUACCUCACAGAUGGUGAUAAUGACCGUAUUGAUGUUGUGGUGAAAACUGGCAUCAUCCCUCAGCUGGUGGAGCUCAUGAGCCACAGUGAACUCAGUGUUAUGACACCAGCUCUUCGUGCCAUCGGGAACAUAGUGAGUGGGUCAGACUUGCAGACCCAGACAGCAAUUGAUGCUGGCAUUCUGAACAUCCUACCUCGCCUGAUGAAGCACCCAAAGUCCAGUGUGCAGAAGGAGGCAGCUUGGGCAUUGUCCAACAUCGCAGCAGGACCCUGUCAGCAAAUCCAACAGCUCAUCACCUGUGGCAUGCUCCCUCCUUUGGUAGAACUUCUCAGAAAUGGAGACUUCAAGACUCAAAGGGAGGCUGUGUGGGCAGUGACAAACUUCACCAGUGGGGGCACUGUGGAGCAGGUGGUCCAGCUGGUGCAGUGUGGUGCACUUGAGGCAAUCAUAAACCUGUUGCAAGUCAAAGAUGCUAAGGUCAUUCUUGUCAUACUGGAUGCCAUCAAUAAUAUCUUCAUGGCAGCAGAGAAGCUAGGUGAGACUGAGAAACUCAGCCUGCUGGUUGAAGAGCUGGGAGGACUGGACCGUAUUGAGAUGCUCCAGAACCACGACAAUGAGAUGGUGUACCAGGCAGCACAUAACGUCAUAGAAAAGUACUUUGCUGACGGGGAGAUUAAGGAACUGAAGGUUGACUCUACAGAAGAUGCAUUUGUAUUUCAGAGCCCUGGAUUUUAA